AUGCCACAACGAGAGGACAUUACCACACCACAGCUCGAACGUGGCGAUGGGUUCUCAUUUUCGCCUUCGCCCGCUCGAGACGCUCUGCAAGAUAACACCCUGUCUUUGACUCACAAGAAGUCGUGGUUCGGCAGCGCUCGUGAGACUUUGUCCCGCGGCGCCUUGUCUGCAAAGGGAUAUAUCGACGCACUGCGUGGGGAGACUUCCAGCCGAGCAGGCGAUGACAGCAUUUUCGAAGACCGUACCGAUGCCAUCCUCGCCGAAGAAGAUUCCGUCGGCGACAGUGCACAGGACACGAGCUCCCUCACGCCGCUCCGCCCUUGCAGCGACCGCCAACGCAGCUUCACGCCCAAGACCGCAAUGACUUCGCUCCGCCACCACGUCCAUAUGAGCUCCAGAUCCCGUCAGAAGCGCGGUGCUUUGGCCGAAAUCACGGGAAAUGAAGUCCAGUCCAAGUAUGGAGGUGCCGGAGCAGAAAACUUCGAUCUGGAAGGUCAGGAUAGCGAGGACACCUCUCGGAAAGGCGAAAGCAACGAUCUACCAGCCAAAGGCCACGGACGCAAGUCGAGUCUGGGCAAGAGUCUAGUUGGAAGCAUUCGACGCAUGACAACCUCACCUCGCAGUGGCUCGCCAGCCAGAAUGAGCCGUCCCUCGCCCACGAAAGCGGCUGCUGAGGUGCCGCUUCCGUCGUCACCGAUCAACAUUCCUGCUCCAUCUCUGUCUCUCGAUCUUGAGCAUGGUGCAUUGAUGCCGUCGAACUUUGGACAAUCGCCGCCCGAAACGCGCGCAGAUGGAUUGAUCGGGCUCGCGACUCCAGGCAACGCAACUACAAUCAAAUCUCCGACCUUUUACAUUUGUGUGGCGACUGAAGGACCACUCAACAAUGUCAGCUCCACAAUGCGGAAGCCAGUAUCGCCCUUUGCAGACUUCCUAGCGGACGAGUCUGGUAUUGUCCCGCAGGAUCAUGUACCUACCACUCCGAUGCCUGGAUCCACGUUCAACUUCGAGUUGGAUGGAGCGAAGAUGGAGGCGACGUCCGAGCUCUUCGAGAGAAGCGUCGAUCGGGCGGGAAAGAAGACCGCGAAAUCUUUGAAAAGGAUGAUCUCACUCGACGGCAUAGCCAAGCAGGGCAACGGCAAUUCCGUCGAGACAACAGAUUCCGUUGGUCCUGGUCUCCUAGGACCAGGAGUGCCAAAAGAACUCCGGCAUGAGAGCUCGUUAACCACGAUCGAGUCUUGUCCUACCGACAUGCCCAACCUCACUCGUCAGUUGGCCCGACUGCAAGAUCCCGAAGCCGGCCACCGCGAUCCGAAAGAUGGCGAGUGGAAAAGCGACGAUCCUUUCGCCCCAGGAAAUGUGAUUGGUGAUGUUGGACGGUCUCCCUCGUCGGAUAGAGACAUCAAGCUGCCAUUUCGUCCCAAGAUCAUGGUACAUGCUGUGGACUCGCUUGAGCCUCGCACUGUGAGUGACGAGCCGACUGUGCUCAACACUUCGACCGAGGUUGAGGACGUUGCUGUCUAUCAGCUGUCCAAAGAGUGUGUAUCCCACAAGCAUGUCGAAGAUGCGGACGACUGCAAACCAUGGCCUGUUUAUCGAUCAGUAGCAGAGGAGCUCCACGUGCUGAAAUCGCGCACCAACUUUCGGGACUCUGAGCUGUCCGGAUCAGGCGACUAUGACGACUUCAACAUCAGACAUAUGUUCCCGGCUCUCAUUGAUCUCGACGAUGUUGCAGUGUACGAUGAUGCUCGGUCCGACGGUGUUAAGACUGAGCCUCUUUCAGGCGUUGACACGGAAGACUCGUCACGGUCGCCUGUGCAGCUGAUGUCUAACGUCUACAAGCGGAUUUCCACCUCGCAAACUCCCAGUCCAGGUCGCAGUCGUGCUAGUACCACUCACUCGACGGAUGUUGGAGACGUGUUUUGGAACUUCGCGGUGAGAGACUGGGUACAGGCUGGCCCCGAAGGACACUGCAUGAUCUCGAAUGAGGGUCCAUCCCCUAACCAGGCCAUUGCAGAGAGGAGCCAGAGAUCUUCAGACCAGAGCCAAUUUGACCGAACAACGCCAGACGUGAGUCCUUCCGUCAGCAGUCCUGGUAUAGGCAGCCGCCUGGAACACGACCUGAAGAGAUCAAACCGCAACAUGCGAUACAACGCUUUGUUCGACUCGCAUUCAACUCCGCGACACGAGUUCGACGCCGAUGCGUCCGAAGUCAUCCAGCCGCUUCGCCCAAAUCUCCAGCUGGUCACAGGCAACCUUGCGAAUGGCAGCAAGUCGAGCAUUUCCUUGAUCGGCUACGUGCCCAACAACUCUUCCGAAUCGGACCUUGGCAGCAAAGGAGACGAGGCUUCUGAUCGCUGCGAGCGGCGAAACGACUCUCUCACGCAAACGUCUGAAGAGCUUGAGAAGAGCUUGCAGCAGGCGAUUGCAGAGCACUACGUCUUCCAGGUCGCCAUGGCGGGCAUGGGUACGGGCGAGCAGUACGAAGACCUGCCUGAUUUACCGACAUCUGCAUCGACAGCAGCCGUGGGAUCCGAAUUUCAUUGCCGCCUCGAAGGAUAUGAGAGUCUGCCGAGCAGCGCUAUCUCCCCUGAAGAAGCGCAAUGCAAGAGCGAUGUCGGUCUUCUCGAGCAAGGCUACAAUGAUGAAGACGAGGACGUGAUCCACGAUUCCGACUUCCAGCUCACCAACAAAGGCCAGCCGAAGGAAGUUGACACUCUCGACGAAGCGCUGGAAAUGUUCCGAACCUACAGCCAUUCGCAGCAGGAGCUUCAUGAACAGUACAUGGCUUCUGAGAACGGAGCAAAUGAGGACGCCAUUUCGCCGGUUCGUGAGGGAUCCUGCGAGGCGGCUUCCUCUCCGAGCACACCGAGUUCUGUUGGGAAGAAUCGACUUCCGGCGAUAUACCACAGUCAGAGAGGAAGGAAGAAUUGA